GACUCCUCAGUCGCUAGCUCACGACUGAUCCUCAGUGAAGCGUUUUGCUUGGGUUAUUCAAGGGGGAAGACUCGACUGUUAGGAAUAAAGCUUGCAGGAAACGCAGAGGAUCUGCCAUGCCGGAGCUGAGCGGCAAGGUCCAGACCGUCCUGGGUCUGCUGGACCCAGACCAGCUGGGUCGCACCAUGACCCACGAGCACCUGACGAUGAGCUUUGAGUGCUGCUACUUGCCCCCGCCGCCGGGUGACGAGAAAGUGGCGGAGGACCCCUUCCAUAUGCAGAACAUGCACUGGCUCAGGCAGAACCCUUACAACUGUCACCAGAACCUGCUGUUCUAUCAGGAGACUGAUGCUGUGCGCGAUGAACUGCUGGCCUACAGGAAGGCCGGCGGGGGCUCCAUUGUGGAGAACACCACCACGGGCAUCGCCCGGGACCUGCCCACCCUAAGGAAGUUGGCCAAGGAGACCGGGGUCCACGUUGUGGCAGGAGCGGGCUACUAUGUGGACUGUACUCACAGUGACGCCACCAGGAAGAUGAGUGUGGAGGAGUUGACCGACGUCAUCAUCAACGAAGUCCUCCACGGCGCCGACGGCACAGACAUCCGUUGUGGCGUGAUCGGAGAGAUCGGAACUGGCUGGCCCAUCACGGAGAGCGAGAGGAAGGUGCUGAAGGCCGCGGCGCACACACAGGCCCAGCUGGGCUGCCCCGUCAUCAUACAUCCCGGACGCAAUUCCGCCGCUCCAACUGAGGUGGUCCGCAUUCUCCAGGAGGCAGGAGGUGACAUAGGGAAAACAGUCAUGUCUCACCUGGACAGGACCAUCUUUAAUGACGGUGAACUGCUGGAGUUUGCUGAGCUGGGAAGUUACCUAGAAUACGACCUGUUUGGAGCCGAGAUGCUCAACUACCCCUACAACUUGGACGUGGACAUGCCCAGCGACAGCCAGAGAGUCAAAACCUUGGCGUUCCUGAUCAAAGAGGGCUAUGAGGACAAGAUUGUCAUCGCGCACGACAUCCACACCAAGAACCGUCUGACCAAAUACGGUGGCCACGGCUACUCGCACAUCCUGACCAGCAUCGUUCCCAAGAUGCUGACCAGGGGCAUCACGCAGACGCAGGUGGACAAGAUCCUGGUGGACAACCCCAAGCGCUGGCUGACCUUCAAAUAAGGCGAAGAAAAAGAGGCGAGGCAGUGGACGCAGCAGCGGCAGGACACAGCGUCAGCAGUCCGCCAGCCCAUGCAGCCCACCACCACAGCUUCAAAAAAGCCUUGGGAAAACCCUGCCUUCUUCACUGGUCACUGUCCUCACCCUCCCUCUCCUGGCCACCAUCAUCGCCUUUCUGGGGGUCUAUACACUGCUGUCUGUCUGAUCAGAGAUUGUCAUCCACAAUUGAACAGACUAUUAUGCAUGUGAUGACGUCUACAAUGAAAUGAUGCUGUCAUGUUGGAGAGAACAACCAUUAGACCUGAGAAUCGACAAUCAGUUUAGAUUGACAAAAUCCAUUUGAUUGGAAAUUGUGCUAAAUGUAGGCUAACUGUACUUAAUCAUUUGCAAAGCUCUACUUAGACAUUGAGACAUGCACUAUGACAUUAGCAAUUAGAUGAAAUGAAUGAGAAAUUCAACUGCCAAGUGGUUUGGAGGUUUGUCCAUGUUAUUUUUGAGAAUGUCAUUUCAAGAAAUGAGCCAAACCAACGGAGAAAAACUGUAAUAUAUUUUCUUUAAUGGCGCCAUGAUCUUCAGUGUGACAGUAAUGAAUUAACUUUUGAAUCCUUCAAUAAAUCACACGGCCUCGUAAUUGGAUAAAUGAUCCUUUUGUCUCAUCGUUCCAACAAGUUAAGGCAGGGGUGUCCAAAGUGCGGCCCGGGGCCGUUUGUGGCCCGCAGCUAUUUUUUAAUGGCCCUCGGCACAUUCUAAAAAUACAAUUAAACAAGAAAACUUAAAAAAAAAAACAAAAAAUGAAAGAAAUGAGAAGCAAUUUUACAAGAAUAAAUAGGAGGAUAAAGUAAAAAAAAAAAAAAAUCCUAAUUUUACAACAAUAUAAUAAUUAUAUUAUGGAAGCCUAGAGUUAAAGAAAAUUUAUUAUUUUCUUUAAAGUCAUAAAAAACAAAACAGAAUAAAAAUUAAAGUUAAAGAUUAAAGUUAUAUUACAAGAAUGAAAUCAAAACAUUUUGGGAUAAAUUCAUAAUACGGGGAAAAAAAUCAUAAGAAUAUAAUUGAAAUGUUGGUAAAAUAACAAAAAAAUGACCAAGAAAUUGUAAUCUCAGGAGAAAAUGUUCAUAUUAAUAAAGUUAGUCACCUAUAACACAACGCUUCAGAUGGAGGUUGUUUUUCCUUAAAUAUAUAUUUAACAUGGGUUUGUUUACCAAAUGUAAAAUGUCAAAGUGGCCCCCACAUCCUUUGAUUUUUCAGGAUACGGUCCUCGGUGGAAAAAGUUUGGACACCCCUGAGUAAAGGCCUCAAUUAGUUACAUGCUGCACAAAUUUUGACUUAAAGUGCAUAUUUAUUUGUGGAAUGCUGGGAUUGACACAAGAAAAUGACUGCAAGAUGUGUUAAGAGAUAUAAAUGACCAAAAUGUUAAAAAAAACAUUUAAAAAGCCUUUUUUUUUUUUUUUUUUAAACGUCUGAUACUGUUUUGUCCCUUUCUUGUGUCAUUUCCAGCUAAAUUCACUCAAGAAAAAAUGCACCUUUUGUCCAGAUUUGGAAUAAUUUAGUGCUUAACCACAGUCCAUUGAGACUGACAUGACGUGGUUUCACAUGGGGAUUAUACAUAUGUGGUUGAUUGUAGGCAUUCAUUCAUUAGCAUUCACUCUUUUGCACUCACAUAUCGCACCAAAAAUGUUUUAAACUCCAAAACAUUGUGACAAACACAUACAGUAUGUCAGUGUAGCUGCUGCUUCAGUUUGCGUCUCACCGAAGGACAUUGAAGCGUACACGUCAGACGGCGGCCUACGACAAGCACGUUACUAAUCAGUAUGCCACGGAAGCAAACCGUCCCGUUGGUCCCUCAGCGGUUCGUCGAGGGGUCGUCUAACGUUAGUCCCAGAUGAAGGACACACUCUCCUCUCGUCUGGGAACAGGUGGCUUCACAGGGUGACUUCCCACCAUGAUCAAUGGCCGCCGCCGUCGCACCACCGACUGCGCCUGGGCACAACUUUUGAUUAAUCUUGCGAGAGGAUUAAGGGAGCAAAGCUGUAAAUUAUAUACGAUAUUCAUAACUGGAGAGGGGCAUUGCGAAGGUGGGGAUUAGCAGGUGAUGGCGGGCGGAUCGAUGCGUGUCAGCGGCGGGGUCAAGGACAUGAAUCUGCGAACACCUGACCAGCUGUCAUGUCGACAUGGAUGAGAAAAAGUAGUAGCAUCUUGACUGGGAAAAAAUGUCAACUUUCUAAAAUCUUGAAUGACUCUUUACUUUAAAAUGAAUCCAAUAUUUUUCCAAUUAAAAGCAUUUAUGGACACGGGUUGUUAGUUUGCUUUCUUUUGCUGCAAAUCAGUUGAUAUGUUUGGGUAGUUUUCUCCCCGGUUUGCUUUCUUUUCACAUGGUAAAAAAAAAAAAAAAAUCCAAGAAAACUUAAAUGCAUUGCAACAAACCGUGUGACAGCGCUCUCUUUUCUUAUUGGUAGCGAAAAUGUAAACAGGAAGAAGGGUUGAUGUAAUGAAAACUAGAACAAUACCCGCCAAGGUGAACAAAUUAUGAACUAUGUCAAUGUAGCAUCAUGAUUACGGUCACAAGAUGCUAG